ACCCAUCUCAUCUAAAUAUACAAUUAUACAAACACAUCAAUACAUGCUGAAAGCGAAGUUAAUUAACGAAGACUUGUAGCCAAGACGGCCUGGUAUGCAACCUGCGUGCAAAAUAUCACCUCAGGGUCCCCUCUUCAAUAUUCCCAUCAUAACGAACAGUCAUCUUUCUUGCCCUAAGGACUGGACCCGGGUCAGACAGUGUGGUUCACGGUUCACCCACCAUUAGGUCAUCACCAAAAGUCAGAAUCUCAAAUGAAAAGGGGCACAAGGAAGAAUCUUCUUAGCUUUCUCACCAUGCGUAUAUUUGCAUCGAUCUUAUCUCAACUAAGUUGUUGGAUUAAUUUAAUUGUUUUACGUGACUCGUUUGAAUCAAAUAAAGCGUCCCCAUAGUUGGGCAAGUUGAAACGGCACAAAUCCUAAAGAGAUUGACUAACUGUAUCAUGUUUCCAGUUUUCAGUUAUGUCACCUUCUUCUUUCUUCUCCUUUCCUUCUCUUGCUUUCCCGCCAGAAUCAUACCGGACUAUUUAACUGAAUUAACCGUCGAUGGCCAUAACGACACGUGGCGCUUUUUCGAGAGGUUCCUCGAUACCGGGAAGGGAAGCCAAGUCAGCGGCAUGUCGGAGCUCAAAAAGUACUUUCAACGUUUCGGCUAUCUUCCGGUGCCCAAUACGAAUUUCACCGAUGUUUUCGAUUCCCGGUUCGAGACCGCUGUCAUCAUGUACCAGACAAAACUUGGCUUGCCGGUCAGCGGAAAGCUCGACUCGAAGACGAUCACCGCCAUCGUGUCCCCAAGGUGCGGCGUCAGCGACACGACGCCGCUGGAGGACGUGCACGAGACGCGCCACUUCGCGUACUUUUACGGAAAACCCAGGUGGGCUCGCGUGCCUCCUAUGACCCUCACCUACUCCUUUUCGCGGGAGAACAUGAUAGAAUCCUUGAACUCGUCGGAGAUGAAAUCGGUGUUCGAACGAGCGUUCUCGCGGUGGGCAUCGGUUAUCCCGGUAAACUUUACGGAGACCGAGGAUUUCGGGUCAGCGGACAUAAAAAUAGGGUUCUACUCUGGGGAUCACGGCGACGGAGAACCGUUCGAUGGCGUGCUUGGAGUGCUAGCGCAUGCCUUCUCGCCACAGAACGGGAGGUUCCACUUCGACAGAGCUGAAACGUGGACCGUUGAUUUCGAAUCUGAAAAGUCAAGGGUGGCCAUAGAUUUGGAAUCGGUGGCAACCCAUGAAAUUGGUCAUAUACUGGGCCUGGCCCACUCUUCAGUCAAGGAGGCAGUGAUGUACCCAAGCUUGAGCCCACGGAGAAAGAAAGUGGACCUCAAGCGUGAUGACGUGGAAGGGGUCCAGGCUCUCUACGGACCAAACCCGAACUUCAAGUUUAGUUCUUUGAUGGAGUCCGACAUUUCUUCAAAUCGAGCCGUUGGAUUACAAAUCCGACCAUCAAGGUGGGCCACCACCUUGGUGGUAGUGGUGGCUUUAAUAUUCUCUUUGUGGACACGAUGACAUACAUAAACGCGUGAUUUAUAUAUAUAUAUAUAUUUUUUAAUUAUUUUUCACUUCUGUAAUUGUAAAAAUAUUCACACAAAAAGAAUGUAAAAGUAUUUUUUUAUACUAAACAAAUAAUUUGUUUGAU